AUGGAUACCUCCUCUGAAACCUUCUCUUACCAGUCUCUCGACGGUGAUUCAAUCCGACUCGUCACCAUCGAACCUGGGUCAUGGGACUCCAUUAUAGAAUGUCGAGUCGACGUGAGGAAGCUUGACCGGGGCAAGAGUCGCUUCAGGGCCCUAUCAUACGUCUGGGGCGAUAGCAACAUCCGUCGCGCAAUACGUCUCAACGGCGACGACUUUGAGGUGACAGUGAACCUUUUUGAGGGACUUCGGCAGAUUCGAGAGUCUAUGUUUGAAAACGGCACUCUCUCCCAGUUACCUAUCUGGGUAGACGCUAUCUGCAUCAACCAAGGCGACAAGGAUGAGAAGGCGAAGCAGGUCCCCAACAUGCACCAGAUCUACAGCACCGCUGAGGAGGUUCUCUUGUGGCUCGGUGUCAUGCCUAUUCCACCUGACUUCUUAAAGCCGUGGAUCUACAACGAAAGAUACUCUUGGAUGGGGUUUGACGAUGAAGAUUGUCCAAUGAGCGAGCAACUUAGGGCGGAUGCCCUCGAGAGAUACAUCGUGUACGUCCGAAGCCCGGUGUAUCCGAUUCAACGUCUAAGUAAAAGGCCUACUGGAAAACCUCGGAUACAACAACUGAUGCACUUUGCCGUGGCAUCGGCGCUUCGUCAUUGCACUUACUUCCAGAGGUUAUGGACUGUUCAAGAAGCCGUACUUGCAAAGGAUGGGCCCAUCGUUCUGGUGAACCGGCACGUCCUGACCUGGGACGAGUUCACGCACAAGGACCGUCUGGAACGAGAGCAGUCUGUGGAAGUCUCGAACCGUCCCCACACCUCGUUUUUCGGCAUUUCGUCGCUCAGGAAACAGCUCACCUCGGGCCACCGCAAAAGGCCAUAUGAGCGACUACUAGACGUCAUUGAGGGCUUUUCCGACCUAGCGUGUACGGAGGCCGUAGACAAGCUAUACGGCCUACUCGCCAUGGUUCCCCUGCAUGAUUUGCCGAAGUCUCUUUGGCCAGACUAUGAAAUACCCUGCGAAGAGGUUUACUGGAAAUACGCCACGUAUAUCUUUCAUCAUACUCAACACUUCGCCCUCCUCGACCGGUACACAAAACCUCUCCCUAAAGUACCGUCGUGGGUUCCAGAAAUUGGAACCCAUAAACAAAAAAUACUAGUACGAAAGCGCAGCUAUCAGCUCCUAGACUUCUCGGACGACUUCCGGGAGAUGUCCGUCUUGGGGUACGACUACGGCAUCUGCGAAGAUCGCACGGAACGCCCUUUGGGUGUGUCCAGGCCAGAGGACCUGAAGCUUGUGGGGACAUCUAUUGAUCUCCGGGACGCGGUACGACAGCUUGAGGAGCACAUAUUUGCGCCUUUCGGCACGUUUGGUCAGUGGAGAUGGCACAACGCAACGGGAUUAAGAGAAAUGUCAAUCAAGCCCAACCCAGGAUCAGAACACAGUGAGGACAUGUUCGAACUCGCCCAGAAAAUGGACUUGAGCGAGAUGCUAGAGUUAUGCUCAAGGGAUCAAGACCUAGCAGCACGCGCCUUGAGACACUGGAGAGAGAUAGCCGCGUUUGCGUGGACGUCUCUGAGAACGAGCAAGGGGAGGAUAUACACUUUUCGUGAUAACCUCUGGGUUGAUGACGUUCAGCCUCGCAACGGCGAUCGCAUCUUUAAGAUCAACGGCAUGAGUGACCCGGUUUUUCUGCGACCAGAAGCUGACGGCAAGUUUCGACUGCUAGGGCGAGUAGCAACCUGCAGUACGAAGGUUUUUUUUGAAGACUUUUUGGAAACUGUGACUUUGAUAUGA